AUGGUCGUGACAGAUGUGAUCAAGCGUUGGCAGCAAAUCAAAGGCAAAGAAGCUUAUAUGUGUACCGGAACGGAUGAGCACGGAAUGAAAAUUCAGAGAGCCGCUGCUAAGAAUGGAAUGGAACCCAAAGACUUUUGUGAUGUCAACUCAAACAAGUUUCGAGAACUGGUGGCUGCGGCAAACAUCUCAAACGAUUUCUUCAUCCGGACAACCGACCAGGACCACAAAGACGUGGUAGCCCAGUUCUGGCUACAUCUUAAGCAUGCGACGCCUGAAAGCUUGGGGUUGUAUAAAGGUGUUCACGAAGGAUGGUAUUGCGUAAGCGACGAGUGCUUCUAUCCCGAGGACUUGGUACGACCCAGCAUUGCGCCCCAAACCGGAAAGAAGAUCAUGGUGAGCACCGAGACGGAUAACGAGGUGGAAUGGAUCAAGGAAGAAACCUGGUUCUUCCCCUUGACGAAAUACAAAGAUGCUUUGUUGAAGAUAUAUGAUGAGAACCCUGGGUGGAUAAAGCCAGCCCAUCGCAUGGCAGAGGCGAGAGCCUGGAUAGAAAAGCAUCUCGAAGACUUAUCCGUUACCAGGCCCGCCUCUAGGCUCAACUGGGGCGUAGCAGACCCCGAAGAUAAGAGUCAGACCAUCUAUGUCUGGGUUGAUGCUCUCAUCAAUUACCUUACCAAAGCAGGGUACGGAAGCAAGUGGCACUCGGCAAAGGAAGACAUGGGACUCUGGCCAGCCAACUUGCAGGUUAUUGGAAAGGAUAUUCUGCGUUUUCACACAAUCUACUGGCCUGCCUUGCUCCUUGCCCUAGGAUUACCCGUUUCACAAGGUUUCCUUUGUCACAACCACUGGACCAUGUCUAAUCGUAAGAUGUCAAAGUCACUGGGCAACGUUGUCAAUCCCAUCUUCGCCAUCCAACGAUGGGGUAUUGAUCCCCUACGAUAUUUCCUCAUGCGAAACGCCAGUCUCCACAAGGAUAUGAGCUACUCCAACCAGCUGAUUGGUACAGUCUACGUCAAAGAGCUACAGGCGAACAUUGGCAAUCUCUUUUAUAGAAUCGCAAAGCCAAAGGCGUCCGUCAGGUGGUCGACUCUCGAAGCCGUGACUGCAUAUCGCAAUGGAGAUUUGAACGUCUGGGCUGACAACCAUGGCGCAAACGAUGCCGAUGCGAUGUACUUUAGCUUAGAAGGCCACCUGGCUGGGAAACCCGUGGCCUUUGCUAAAGAAAUGGAUGACUACGAUACGAGCGGCGCGAUACGCGAGAUUUUCGAAUUGCUACGAGAGACAAACCGUUACGUUUCCGAUACCAAGCCUUGGGAUUUGGUCAAGCUUCGGGAUGCUGAAUCCCGUGUGCUGCUGAACUGGGUCAUCUAUAACAGUGCGGAAGCAUUGCGCAUUGCCGGCAUCCUGCUUCAGCCCAUCAUGCCAACCAAAGCAUCAGAACUAUUAGAUGCUUUAGGAGUUCGGCCUGAUAGACGCACCGUUGAGUUUGCUGUCAAGGGGAAGGAUGCUGAUUACGGCACCGAGUCGACGCCAGCAGAGCCAGCGCCUCGAAUGAGUAAAUGGGACACGAUUUUCCCACCAACCGCCAGUGCAGAUCUCUCAGAUGACGAGCUGCUGGAGCACUUGAGAGUAGCAUUGCUGGAUAAGACUAGAAACAAGAUGAACCAGAUGGCUGAGCUGUUGGCGAUGGAGGCACGAAUGGGCGAGGAGGCGGUUGCCAAGCUGUUGGCCGAGACACAUGCAGCCAAGGUUGGCGCACGCCAGUCAUGA